AUGCCUCACAUACUCGUAACCGGUGCUUCCGGCUUUCUAGGACAAGCAGUUGUGAUGGCGAUACAAAGCAUACAUCAAGAUUGGACUCUGACAAACCUGGAUCUACGGCCGCCACCGCUUCCUCAACCCAGUGUAAACUACAUUCAAGCAGAUAUAACAAAAGCCUCCGAAGUGGAUGUUGCCAUACGCAAAGCCAAUCCUGAUGCGAUAGUCAAUGUAGCUGGCUGGGUACCCAAUGGUAGCCUACGCUACAGCAACUCCAAGGCGCUACGGGACAAAGUGUUUGCCAUCAACCACCUCGGAACUCUGAACGUUCUGUCCGCAGCACAAAAGACGAAAUGCAAAGCAUUCGUGCACACGUCAAGCUGCACAGUGGUGUCAGAUGAUCAGGACCAUGAUUUUCCAAAUAUGACUGAGGAGAUAGUUGGUCGGGCUACUCUAGCCUAUGGAGCAAGUAAAGCACCAGCUGAACUUGCAGUCCUGGCUGCAAACACUACGAACUUCCAAACUUGUGCAUUACGCCCAGCAACCGUCAUCGGCCCCGGAGACACCUACGGAGUGAUUGCCACGAUCCACGCGUGCAUCGCUAAGGGCGAAACACCAUGGAUAAUUGGUACGGGCGACAACAUGUACGAUUUCGUGUACAUCACAAACAUUGCAGACGCCCAUCUUCUCGCACUUGAGAACCUCCUCUCCACCAAGCCUUUUCCCGAGUCUGCAGCUGGCCAUGCAAUUUUCGUGUCCAAUCAACAACCUGUGUACUUCCGCGACUUCAUGCUGGCUAUCUGGAAACAUUUUGGCCAUGUUCCGCCAUUUCAAUUUGUCGUGCCUACGCCUCUGGCCUGGGUUGCUGGGCUGUUCGCCGAAAUGAAGACAUGGGUUUCAGGAGCAAAGGAGAGUACAUUAAGUCGAGGGAGUGUCAGGGAUGCUGUAGGGACCAGAUAUGCCAGUAACGAAAAGGCGAGACGGGUCUUGGGCUACUACCCCCGAGUUGACUUUGUGGAUGCUGUGAGGUUGGCUUGCGAGGUGAGUAUACCCAAAUGUUGCUGCUUUGACCAAAGGAAAUAUCUAACUCGGAUAUAG